UUUAUCUCCCACAUUUAGAAGUGGUCCCUCUACAAAAGGAAUGCUGUACUACCAAUGGACUUUGAAUUCUAACCUUGUCAAACCAGCACCUUUCCUAAGUAUUCAAUUUACCUAAAAAAAAAAAAGCUGAAUCCUAUGUGUCACUGACAAAAACAAGUUAAAUAAGGCAUCAUAAUCCAAUCUGAGUUGCAGAAAACAAAUUUUCUCUUUCCUCCAAAAAAAAAAAGGAAGAAAGAAAAAGAAAAAAGAGAAAAAUACUAACGAGAUCUCUCUUACAGAAUAAAGUCAUCACUUGGAGAAUUAAAAGAAACUGGUAUGCGGAUGUUAAGAAGAGAAAGGUUGAGGGGCUGUCAACCGAGCUUGCCAAGGGUACUACCUCUGGGCCCAGUGGGCAGCAGAUGCCAACCCACCGCGGACAACCCCAAGUCGGCCUGAAGCACGCAGCUUUGACAGACGCCAGACCCCUGCGGUCCGGCUCGUCGCACUGACCCCACCAAUGCAACAAACGCCGCGACCUGCCCGCGCGCUCAAGAGCAGAGUGGCCGCCACCGUUCAGUCCUUCCCGGGAGACGCGCGUCCAGGGGAGGCUCAGAGGUUUGAUCUUGCCUCUUAUCUUGGACUGGGCUGGCUCGUGGUGAGACCCAAAGCUGAGCAUCACCUACACAGAGAGCUAGUUUACAAGAAGAAUUGACUCCAGGGUACUCUGGCAAUUCCAUGUCUAUGAUGUAGUCAUCAGAGUUGCAAAGGUAUCGCACAGCGAUGUACAGCUAUCAAGUACCACUUUUCUCAGCCGAUCCGCUUACGGAACAUUCCUUUCAACUUGACCAAGACAAUACAGCAAGAUGAAUGGCACCUGCUUCAUUUAAGAAGAAUCACUGCCGGCUUCCUGGGCAUGGCUGUCGCCGUUCUGCUCUGCGGCUGCAUUGUGGCCACCGUCAGCUUCUUCUGGGAGGAGAGCCUGACCCAGCACGUGGCCGGACUCCUUUUCCUCAUGACAGGAAUAUUUUGCACCAUUUCCCUCUGCACUUACGCCGCCAGCAUCUCCUAUGAUCUGAACCGGCUGCCCAAGCUGAUUUACAGCCUGCCUGAUGACGUGGAGCACGGCUACAGCUGGUCUAUCUUUUGUGCCUGGUGCAGUCUAGGCUUUAUUGUGACAGCUGGAGGUCUCUGCAUCGCUUACCCAUUUAUCAGCCGGACCAAGAUCGCACAUCUAAAGUCAGGCAGGGACUCCACGGUAUGACUGUCCUCACUCAAGUUCAUAGCUUGGUGGCCAGUCUACAGUGCAGAUGACUCUUAAAGGGGUCAGACCGGAGUUCGAGUCAGGACCCCAAGCACAAAACAAAACGGUCUUUUACAUUCCAGCCUGUUGCCUGCCAGCCCCUUCUGGAUGACUGAUAUCAAAUCAUGCAAAACCUCCAUACCUUUCUAAGGACAAGACGACUGUGGAUUCAAGUGUUCAAGUGCUUUAAUGACUCUUUAUGCUUUGACUCUGAGGCAUGGGGAGCAGUGCUAUGUAACAUUUCUGGGUUUUAAAGAAAAAAAGGAAACUGCAGUGGAAACAUUUGUAUGAUUGCCGUUUAUUUCAGAAAGUUUGUAUAUAACAAUUCCCCGAGAGUCGUUUCUAUUGGCAAAAGGACUCCUAACAAAGCGAGUGUAAUUUUCUUGUCAUCGUACCAUGCCUGUUCAAUUUUAACGCAGCACCUUCAGAACUUGUCCUAAUGGUGUCUUGUUGUGUCAGCACCAAAUACUUGUGCAUUACUUGUGGAUGUUCCUUGUCACAGGGAGAUUCUUCUGUUGCUGCCUUAUGUAUUUAUUUUUAAUUGAAGUCUCUUCCCCGUCCUUGUACUAGAAUCAAAAAUCAUAAGAAAACCCAAUCAACCGUGGAAGAGCGAAUCUGUAAUACUAUGCAGUAUUGUUUGAAGUCCUAUCUGUCGUUCAGCCUGUCUCUUUAUGUUAACUGGAUUUCUGCAUUAAAUGACUGCCCCCUUGUUAA